AGAAGUGAAAGGAGCCUCCAUGUUACUUUAGCCUUUAACAUGAUUAUAUACAUGCCGCUAGCUGCCGUUCCUGGAGGGGAGGCUAGUUAGCUAGCUGGAUCUAACCUAGUUCAUAACAGCAGGCGUUACAUCACUUUGGGUCGUGUCCCACCUGGGAAAUAACGGCCCGAAGGAACAAACUCUCAUAUUGACUUUGAUAUUAGCAUGAUACACAGAUCUGUAAAAACCUAAACAAGAGGGACAGCUUUAGUGACUUGGCAAAUUUGUUUUUCUGAGGGGGCUGUCAAGACUCGACUGAUUUCGCUGUACACUGAUUUCAAGACAGAAGAAGAGAUGUCCUGUCCAUGUACUUCAGUUGCCAGGUUGUUCCUAAACACUGCUAACAGAGGAUUGUCGUGCUCCCGAAUCCAGUUUUUUUCUCGAAGUCGUCAAGGAUCCCGAGAAGCUCAUUUUCAUCGUCGAGUACCCGUGAGGUCAUUUUCAGAAACUGCCGUUUGUUAUGCAUCUAAAGAUGGCACAACUAAGGAUGGCGGAAAUGAUGGUGGAAAGAAAAACGUCAGUGAGGGGAAGAGACUGUCUGGUUCUGGAGGAUCAGGAAAGGGUGGAAGCCAGCUACGCUGCCCUAAAUGUGGAGACCCCUGCACACAUGUAGAGACCUUUGUAUCAUCCACACGAUUUGUCAAAUGUGAGAAAUGUCAUCACUUUUUUGUGGUCUUGUCUGAAACGGACUCUAAGAAAGGGCUAAACAAAGAGCCUGAAUCUGCUGCAGAGGCAGUGAAACUGGCAUUUGCACAGAAACCACCUCCUCCUCCCAAGAAGAUUUAUGCCUAUCUGGACAAGUAUGUUGUUGGCCAGUCCUAUGCAAAAAAGGUUUUGGCAGUUGCAGUGUACAAUCAUUACAAGCGCAUCUAUAACAACAUCCCUGCAGGGAGUCGGCAGCAGGUGGAGGUGGAAAAACAGCCAUCUUUAACUCCUCGUGAGCUAGAGAUGAGAAGACGAGAGGAUGAAUACAGAUUCACAAAGCUGCUGCAGAUUGCAGGGAUCAGUCCACAUGGAAAUGCUCUUGGAGCGUCCAUGCAGCAGCAGGCAAGCCAGCAGGCACCUCAGGAGAGAAGAGGCGGGGAGGUCCUGGACUCAACACACACUGACAUUAAACUGGAGAAGAGCAACAUUAUCCUUCUAGGUCCAACUGGUUCAGGAAAAACAUUGUUGGCGCAGACACUGGCACGUUGUCUGGAUGUUCCGUUUGCAAUCUGCGACUGCACCACUCUAACUCAAGCUGGUUAUGUGGGAGAAGACAUCGAGUCGGUUAUUGCCAAACUUCUACAGGAUGCCAACUACUCGGUAGAGAAGGCACAGCAAGGUAUUGUGUUCCUGGACGAGGUUGAUAAAAUUGGCAGCGUACCUGGAAUCCAUCAGCUGAGAGAUGUGGGUGGAGAGGGAGUUCAGCAGGGUUUACUGAAACUUCUCGAGGGUACAAUUGUCAAUGUCCCAGAGAAAAACUCCAGAAAACUAAGAGGUGAAACUGUGCAGGUCGACACAACAAACAUUCUGUUUGUUGCAUCAGGUGCCUUUAAUGGCCUUGAUAGGAUCAUUAGCAGAAGAAAGAAUGAAAAGUAUUUGGGUUUUGGAACUCCCUCUAACCUGGGGAAAGGGCGCCGUGCAGCUGCUGCAGCAGACUUGGCCAACAGCAGCGGUGAGACGGACACAGUGGCAGAGAUUGAAGAAAAAGACCGACUGCUGAAGCAUGUUGAGGCCAGGGACCUGAUUGAGUUUGGAAUGAUCCCAGAGUUUGUUGGUCGUCUUCCCGUUGUUGUUCCUCUGCACAGCCUGGAUGAAGAAACAUUAGUCCGGAUCUUGACUGAACCACGCAAUGCUGUAGUACCCCAGUACCAGGCUCUGUUCAGCAUGGACAAAUGUGAACUCCAUGUGAACCAAGAUGCCUUGAGAGCCAUUGCCAGGAUGGCUUUGGAGAGAAAAACUGGAGCUCGUGGACUCAGAUCCAUUAUGGAAAAACUUCUCCUCGAGCCGAUGUUCGAGGUGCCACACUCGGACAUUAUGGCUGUUGAACUGGAUCAAGAUGUUGUCCAAGGAAAAUCAGAACCCAGAUACAUCAGGGCUCCAGCAAAGGAGUCAGCAGAAGAGGAGUAUGACUCCAGCAUUGAGGAGGAGAACUGGCCUCGGCAGGCGGAUGCUGCUAACAACUGAACCACAUUUGGCUCAUUUCACCUGGAAGCCCUGCCAUCUGAAACAUUAGAUUAACAAGAACCUUUUUGUAUGCCAAGAUUGGUAUCAAAGUCUUUUAUUAUAGCACCUGACAAAUAAACUGUGGACAUCAGUGAAGAGGCUGUCAUGAUGAACAAGCUAAGAGAGUAACAACCUUUGGUCCCUUGCAUCAGAUAAUAAUUCUUAGGUGGUGCACGUACAGUGUGGACCUUUAUGAAAUAUUCAAUCUCUGGGGAUUGUUAACAUUUUAUCUAUAUGAAGAUAAAGCAAUUUUAUUCAUGAAAGUAUUUGUAGCUAGUUUGUUUUCUCUUUUUAUGGUGAUGGGCUGUAAUAGCAAGGGAAGCAAAUGGAAAUUAUGGGAUCAUACUGUACACUUGAAACAAGGCGCUCAGAAAGUGUAGAUGUUAACAUGUCAAGAAAUGCCUUACGUCACAAGGGCAUGAUAUUUCGCAAGCACAUCAAUAUUUUGAUGUUUUCUUUAAACACCAUUGUAGUAAUGGUGCUCAAAGUGAAAUUGGUUGUAAAUGUAAAGCUACACUGCAUAGGUAGCAUUUGUAAGCAGUUUGUAUGACAUGACCUUUAAUUAGCUAAACACACCAGCACACUAAACAUAGCAGGUGAGAAAUGAUGACUAAUUUUUUAAAUCAGCCAGAAUGGUUAUUUUUACCGUCUUCAGCUUCUUCCUUUAGCCCACUCUUCAGGAAUAUGUGUUUACUUACAGACCUUUUGUGUUCCAGGCUGCUUCACAAAGCAGGAUUAGCAGACUGGCUGUGGAGCUUUGAAGUUAUGAGAAAGUAAAAUCUCGUUUGUAACUGUUAUGCUUUAGUAUUGGUGACUGGAUUACACCCCUAAACCAGAUAUCUUAAGUUUCCUUGUCCUGAUUCAAAUGGUUGGAUAAUCUUCCUUUAACACAGCUUCUCUUCUAAACCUGCUUUGUCAAAUAUUCUGCAAAACAGUUUUGUUAGUGUGCACCAGUGUGUCAGGAAUUAACUUCCUUUAGUGGCGCAAUAUCCUGUUACUAAAUAGUACCUCCAUUACAAGUGUAUAAUAAAUAAAGAUUCCACCUAAAUGCUCUCUGACUCCACCAUGCUGCUGUACUCUAAAAUGCUGUUUGUGCUAUAAAAUUAGGAUAAUCCAGAUCUGUUCUCUCUCUGCUUCUUUUCUUUAAAGUUUCAAACUGCCUUUCUUUUUUCAGAGGUCUGUUACAGAAACUAGAAGCUGCCCUCCCUCCCUCCAAAGCCUGUGAACCUUAAAUUUAUUGUGAUUGUUUUAAAAUAUAUAUAUAUAUAUAAAUAAAAUGUAUAUCUGUAUAAAAUCUUAAUUGUUCUUUACCUCUGAAUUUGGGUGCAGAGAGGAAAUUGAAUAGCAAAUGUGAUUAAAUGUCUGUCGAUAUGAACACGCAUUACUGCAACAGACAUCACAAUGUUGUACUACACCGUUAGGCUGUCACCUUUAUGUAACGAGCUAAUCUCUGGAAAGUAUCGUGCUGUUCUCUGUUUGCCGAUACCUCAGCAUUUCCCUAAUCCCACUUCCAUUCCACAUGGAAAUUGUAUGGAACGGCAUGCUGUCUUCAAUGUGGUUUUGAAUAAAGACCUAAUAACAGCAUA